AUGGCUGACGUACUUCGAUCUUCAACUGCGAGAUGUCCGCCCCUUCGGCAGGCCCGGGGGACGGUACUUAAUACUAUAAUGGAGGAUACACGCGAGUCUCAGUUCGCUCAGAGCCAGAGCCCCAAACUCUCACCUCCAUCAAAACGGACGGCGACCUUCAGCCCUCAGCUGAAACUAAAGACCAGCGGUCUGUCUGUACCGACACACGCCCGUCUCGCCCGUCUAAUGUCUCCAUUAUCCGCCGGUACCACUUCAUCAUGUUCAGAUACAGAAUGGCAGUCACAGAUGCAGGGAUACCAGGGAUACGAUGACUUGUACGAUGCCACCGACGAUGACAGCAUUGAUGACAAUGAGACCGAAAUAAGCGACUCAUGCUUUUCCCCCGAUACGCGGCCGUCGAGCCUGGUGACACCAAUAACCAGAAACUCGGUGACGUCGACGGGGAGCCGGAAGCAAUAUCUGACCCUGGAGAUCCCAUCGCCCACGACGUGGCCUUCAAUGACAGGAGCCCAUAAGAGCUCGCCAGUGCCACCGACACCACCGCCUAAGAUCCCAGUCUCGCCAGCGGCCUUGUCGAUGCUCAGCCGUAUCGUACCUGCUUCAUAUGCACCACCUUCCCUCGAUGGUAGUAUCUCGUCAGACCAAGAGUCAAUCAUCAGCGCACUGGCUACUCCUGAUUCUCACUCCCUUCCCGACACUAACUGGGAUGCGCAUGACAUUCAUGUCCGCGGCAACCUGGACGGAAAUGACAGUGAUCUCGACAAUGUGGAUGCUAGCUCUGAUAUCCAAACCGUGCCCAUUGCCAUCGAGAGCACAGAGCAGGAUUGGCGCCAUGUUCUGGGAAGCUUUCCUCGAAUUCCCACGGCUGCGCAAGCCUACUCACCCUCACCUUCUCCCUCACUUCAUCUUAGCGAUGAGCCAAUUCAUGAGUACGAUGAUUUAUACGAUGCCCCUGAGCCCGUAGAUCGGGGUGUCUACUUGCCUGACUCGGCUCUGGCCAUGUUGCAUCAUAUUCAAUUGGAUGGAACCCCCGACUCAUGGUCGGAGACAUCAGAGGGGAACGGCGAGAUGUGGCAGCUCCAAGCGCCCCCAAGCCGCCCAAAGAGUGCUGAUGGAGUUACUCCUGCAUCGGAGCUGUCUGGCUACAGCUUCAGCGACCUCAGCAUUCCUUCUCCUGGUGGCUUCUUUGCUUCGCUUGCUCCCCGUACCCGCCACACCUGGUCAAUCCCAAAUGCGAACCACCCACCGUCAUCCGCAGCUGCAGAAGGCUUCUACAACUUGCCAUGGCGCCGAGAUGAAGGGGAGAUCGUUGAGCAGGUAGUCGAAUGGCCUCAGCGCCCUGUGGACGAAGACCCGGUUACCGCUGUCCAUGACGAAACCGGCCCCCUUACGGCCAUUCGUUUGUGCGAGACACCGACCCGUCGGUCCAUCUAUCAAGACAGCCCGAUGAGCGCUGCAUUUGAUGCUGUUCAGGUCCAGGAGAUCCCUCGCUCUGUGAAAGGCUAUGAGUACGACGAGUGCUACGACCAAGAGCUACAGCACCGGGCCGUUGCAAGCCAUGACCGCACCAGUGUCUGGCUCGCUGCACAAGCGUCUUACCUCUCGGCACUUAACGAGACCAAUCCGGUGAAUGACAUCGAGCCCGUUGAGACACUCGAGCCCGAGGUGACCGAGUCUGAGACUCAAGAUGCUGCAGAGACUUCCAAAAAGGUGGUCCGAUUUGCCGAAAGCAUUCCCGAGGCUCUUAGCCCUCUGCCCCCAAUCCUUGCGAGCAAGGAUUCAAUCUACUGGCAGGGUUUCCAGUCUCUUCGGGAGCAAUCAAGCAAGUUAGAUGGGUUCAUGCACCGCAACAUGCGGUUUGAUGCAAUCCAGUCUAUGCGUCUUGGUAUGAGUGACCUCCACAUCAACUGCCUGCUUGGCAAGUAUGAGCUCGUUCGUCCAGAGCGUCCUGCAUACAAGGGACCAUUUGCCAAAGCUCCUCGAAACUCCAUGAUCACUUCAGAGUUGGCCGAAAAGGCCCAAUUUGCCAAGCUAGAGAAGGAGCAGCUGGUCCUGGCCCAGCUGUGCCAACCUAUGUGGGCCAUGGAUGCUCUUCGAUCUCUCAACGGUGGCAAAUUGCUUACCAGUCCUGUCCAGCGAAUCCUGGCACGCACAACUCGCAAGCCCAGCCUGACGCAGGGACCCCACAAGCGCAGCUUCCGGAUCUUGGAUCUCGGCGGUCACACCUCAUGUGACUGGGCAUGGCAAGUGGCUCAUGAGUUCCCCAACGUGAAGGUUUACACCGUUGCCCCCAAGGGUCAAAUCGUCAACAGUGCCAUCAAGGGCCCUCCUAACCACCGCCAGGUCAUCGUGGAAACCCUGUGGCAACUUCCCUUCGGCAAGAAUCAAUUCGAUGUCAUUUCAGCUCGCUCGCUGCACGCUUUGCUCAAGACUGAACGCCCUGUCGGUCAGGACCGCGAUGAGUACGACCUUGUUCUUAAAGAAUGCAUGCGUUGCCUUAAGCCAGGUGGCUAUCUCGAAUUCCAAGUCCUCGACGCUGAGAUCUCACGCGCCGGACCAUACGCCACCGCGACCUCUGUCGAGUUUGCCUUUAGCUUGCGCACUCGCGGCUAUGAUCCUGUCGCCUCGAAGAGCUUCCUCUCUCGCCUCCGCAAUGCUGGUUUUGGCGAGACACAGCGGGGUUGGAUGUUUCUUCCCAUGGGCACAGAGCCCAUUGAGCGUGAGCCACCGCGUGAGACCCCGGCUCCGCGCGUGCAGAGCCAGAUUGAGGAUUACGAGGCUGUCCAAGGACCAGUUGGUAGCACUGCGGAUAUUGCCAGCAUGACUGGUCUGAUUGGUGGGUGGAUGUGGGAGCAGUGGUUGCUGAAGCUGAGGAUGGAGAUGGGGCGAGAGAGGCCAAUGUUGUUGGAGGGUGUUGGCGCGUUGUUUGACGAAGGGAGGAAGAGUGGGGCGGGCUGGACCUGCUUGUCUGGAUGGGCCAUGAAGCCGAAGCGUCAAAGUGUUCGCUCUUUGGCUUCGAUCUAA